AUGUAGUAGCUAAAGGAUGCUUUAACGCAAGAUAUGCAAGAUUUUUUGCAAGAAUCAAAGUGGGAAAAUCAUAUUAAGGAAUCAGUUUCAGAGAUAUUAGAAUAUAAACCAGAAAAGCCUUUAGUUCAUUUAUAUGAAAAGUUUUAGAUUAAGCAGAAAUUAGAUUCUUAGAAUAAACUUUCAAAUUUCAUAAGUGAUCUUUCUUUCUACGCAACAAAAAUAGAUCCAUCAAUUUAUAGCAUUUAGUAGUGUUAAAUUAAGCUACUUAGCAUAAUAGUAGAUAAAUACCAAUAGAAUAAAAUUAAAAAGUUUGAUGGGUUGAAGUGUUCAUUAAUUAUUCUAUAAGAAAUACCAAAUAAUAAAGAGAUAAAAGAUUACUUUUUAAAAAAAAUAUAAAGUUAAUAUGAAGAUAUUCUAACAGUAAAUAAGCUUAGCGAGUUGAUUUUAAAAACAAUAAUAAUUUACAGAAUAAUCAAUGAGUUAAUAUUAAUAUAAGAUAUAAUAGAAAUGAAAGGAUCAGUGCUAAGUACAUAAAGUCUAUUCUUAUUUAUGAAUGAAACUUCUGAUUAAUAAACAAUAUUCAAAAAAUUCGAAAUUCAGCAAAUAGUUGAAAAGUUACCUCCAGAACCAAAGGUUAAUCUUUAUAGUUUAAUGAAAGCUAUUGUAGAAUAAAUUAUAAAUCUAGAAUUUGAUUGA